CCCCUUUAGGCUUAGAGUGGCGUGUUCUCGAGAUGCCUCCUCGGUUUACAGAAGACAGGGCGAGUCUCAUCAUGGUUAGAAUUGAACAGCAAUGCAGACUGGGGGCUGCGUCCCAAAUUCUUUUUUUUUUCUUUUCCCUCUUCUACAUGGCAUGUAGAGUAGGAUGUUUUUUCUGGCCCAACAGGGAGCUAUUGUUCAAGGGAGAUCCUCUUAUCGUUUGGGAUAAUUUGCUCCACUCCGGUAAUAUUCCCCUUACGCUAAACAGGGCUUCAACCUGGCUCUUCUCUUUCGAAUCUUUCUCGAAUGCCUUCCUACCUUUGGCACUAGGAAUCGACCCGGCCGCGAGUCUGGGGUGUGCUUGAAACUUGGCAGGCACUUGAGCCGCGAUGGGAAACAAUACAAUAUCAUUUUUUUGCCUCCGUGGUAUGAGUCGAAUUUGAAAUUAGCCCCAAGCGAGAUACAUCCAUAAUAUCAUG